UUUGAUUUUAACAAAAACUAAGAAAUAAUGGAGGAAAUUGAGGGAUACACAGUUGUUCCUCUGCGAAUGAGCAGCGAUGCACUGCACUGCCACAGCGUUUACAUGCGGGAGCACUUCAUCCGGCUGAUGGAUCCGAACAAACCCAAGGGUCGCACGCUGUUCCUGCUCAAUAUACCACCCUAUGUGACCGAGGAGAGCCUGAAGGGGUUCUUCAAGCGGGCUGGCAACGUGGAGAGCGUACAAUUUGCAGCGAAGCCUGGAAAAGAUGAAACAAUUAAAUGGUAUGAGGGCACAAACGAGCCUUUCUCCAAUGUUCGGCCGCCGUUCAUAUUCAAAGUGGCCUACGUGGUGUUCCAGAAGAGCAGCAGUAUUGGCAAGGCCUUGGCCGUCCCGAGCAUUGACCUGUUCCACAGCAGCGGCGAGAGCACCAUCAAAACGGGCAUGGAGCUGUGGCACGAAGAGUACGAGAACCAUUAUAUCCUGGAUGCGGAGAAGACAAAGGCACAGAUCACCGAAUAUAUGGCCGACUACGACCGAAGAGAGCGAGCGGCCGCACUCGCAGCCAAGAACAGUGAAGCCGACGCCGAUGGCUGGGUCACCGUGGGCAAAGAGGGUCGCAAUGCUGGCUUCGAGCAGAAGGAGUCUGUCAUCGGACGCCUGGAGAAGAAGCGGGAAAAUGACACGAAAACGAAGGAACUCAAAAACUUUUACACCUUCCAGAUACGUGAGAGUAAAAUGCAGAAUAUCGUCGAGAUGCGCAAAAAGUUCGAGGAGGAUAAGCGAAAAAUUGAACUGCUGAAGCAAUCGCGACGCUUCAAACCGUUUUAGUCCGUAAGCACGCAUAGGUUAAGAGUUGAAUAAAAGCCUCUUUAUGGGGCAUACACACUGUAA